AGAGGGUUAAAAGUCCGAGGAAAAUUUAUUUGUACAGGACAAAAUGCGUCCGAAAGUUAUAAUAAACUAUGCGCGUGAAAUGUGCAUUUUUUGAUCGUUUAUCAUAAUAGUGACUAUUCUAUCAUCGUUUUCGGAGAGCUGCAUGAGUGCCGGCGACGAUUAUCCAAAAUAAUAUCACCAGCUCUGCAGAGGAUUAUAGUUCAGCGCACGAGGGUUGCUCGCGAUCGCUUAGCCGUGCGGAGCGUACGUUCUUGCCCGAGGAGAAUCGACACCAGGAGUCGAGGAUGAACGUGACCGAUGGGCCGGGCUUCUCUCGUUACGAGGUUCUCAUGCUCGUGGCGAGGCUGUCCUUCGUCACGGCCAUCGGCUUCUUCAGCAUGAAGUGGAUCAUGAACCAGCUCGAUCCCAACAACAAGCAGAAAAGAAAGGCUAAAAAGAAGGCCGAGGAACAGCUUAGGAAACUGGCUAAGAAUGACGCAGUUUCGUUUACGAGAACCGUAGAUUUGGAGCAGCUCACCGAUUAUGAGAUGAUGAUUGCCAGUCAUUUGGUGGAUCCCAAGGAUAUCAAAGUCUCUUGGGAAAACAUUGCUGGUCUUGAACACGUGAUCCAAGAAUUACAAGAGACGGUGAUAUUACCUAUUCAACGAAAAGAGCUCUUUGAAGAUUCACAGUUGACACAAGCACCAAAGGGUGUUUUACUUCACGGUCCUCCUGGAUGUGGCAAAACUAUGAUUGCCAAGGCUACAGCCAAAGAAGCUAAAACUUGUUUUAUUAAUUUAGAUCUCAGUCUUUUGACUGAUAAAUGGUACGGAGAAAGUCAGAAACUCACUGCAGCUGUGUUUUCUUUAGCAGUCAAACUACAACCUUGCAUCAUAUUUAUUGAUGAAAUAGAUUCUUUUUUGAGAGCUCGUAAUUCACAAGAUCAUGAAGCUACUGCCAUGAUGAAAGCGCAAUUCAUGUCCUUGUGGGAUGGUUUGAUAACUGACCCAUCAUGUACAGUAAUUGUAAUGGGAGCAACAAACAGACCACAUGAUUUAGACAGAGCAAUUCUCAGAAGAAUGCCUGCAACCUUUCAUGUUGGCUUGCCUAAUGAACAACAACGAACGCAAAUAAUGAAUUUAAUAUUAGUUAAUGAACCAACUGCUGAAGAUAUAAACAUUGCUCAUCUAGCAAGAAUCACUGAUGGAUUUUCAGGAUCUGACUUGCAGGAGCUUUGUAGAAAUGCUUCUGUGUAUCGUGUUAGGGAUUACAUAAGAAAUUCUCAUGCUUCACGUGCGGGUACGAGCAAUGAUGAGGAUAUUUUUCACGAUGCAGUGCGUCCAAUUACGAUGGACGAUCUAUUAAAUUCUUUGAAAAAAAUGAAAACGUCUAAAGUACAAACAGGCAGCUUAAAUAUGUCUAAAUUAGACUUGGACUAAAGAAAUGGGAGUUCUUGUAUAAAUAAGUGUGGUUCUGUAGGUUUUGCCUUAAAAUCAAAUUUAUAGUUAAAAAAUCAAGUGUUUUUUGUAAAUGUUACAACAAAGAAUACUAAUUUAAAUUAAAGCUAACAAUGGUUAACUGAGGCAAACUGUAACGCAUUGAUUCUGGUAAUGAAAAAAUACUAGUCUUUUCUUUUUUUAUUUAAAUAUGAAAUUUUUCAUAAUUGAAAAGUUAUAA